UGCAUAUCAAACCAAUGCAAUCUCACAAUUGAACAAGAAUUAGAACAUACCAACACAUGGACGUCCUAAUUUGGAAUUGGUUGACUGUCGGUAUUGGUGGAGCUGCCGACAUUUCUCUGUCUGCUAGUGCUAGCUUUCCGAUUGGUGGUCAUGUCGACUGGUGGAGGUAGGCUUUGGUUGGACUUCGGAGUUGGAAUCCUCUUGUCUUGAUAUGGCUGCCGCCGGCUAGAAUGGAGCACUGGGCGGUGCGGAGCUGUGAACGGGAGUACGAGCGGCGGGACUGCGAUUGUAAGUGUUGGCGGCCGACGGGAGAGUCGGUGGGACUGGGUGGGAGGCGAGGUGGCAGCGAUUGCGGUGGGAGAGUGAUGGAUGGAGGAGGAGGUGGGCUGACGGCUGACGCAACCCUCAAGUCAGGCUGUCCUCGUCGCCCGUGGAGAAACGACGAUCGAGACUGUGGAAGAGACGCCGAUCGGGAGCUGGGUUACAAGCGCCAAGCGGGCAGCGGCGCAGAAGAUUCAAGAAUGGCGUGGAUGGAUUAGGGUUAGGGUUGCUGCUGGGUGGGUAUUGGGUAAGUUACUUUCCCAUUUGGUUUCAACUUGCUGCUCGAGUCAAACGUCAAUCUCCCUUUCUGAUUCCUUCCAUUCCAUCUCUCUGCUUCUUCACAUUGUACAUUGGGCUGGGACGCUGGGUUGGGACUUG